AUGGAGAUGACUGCUCCCAGUUCUCGACGUACGGGUGUGCUUGAACUCACGUCCACUCACAAUUACGGGUGUGCUUGCCUCCCUCUAAUACUCGAUGCCAUAUCUCGUGCAGUGGCAAUCACAAGGUGCUGGAUUAAGUAUUGGAGUAACUGCUACAUUCGUUCAGUGGAGUUGGAGGAUGACGAGACGUGCAAACUCAAAAGCUCCAUCGAUGAUGAAUAUGCACAAGCUGGCAUCAGGGACCCGAAAGUGUGCGUUACCACAAGUCGAGAUCCAUCGAGUAGACUGAAGCAGUUCGCGAAAGAGCUCAAGCUAGUCGUCCCCAACGCACAACGAAUCAACAGAGGAAACCACAAGGUCGGUGAACUUGUUGGUGCGUGCCGAUCGAGCGAGUUUACGGACAUGAUCGUGGUGCAAGAGACGCGCGGGGAACCUGACGGGCUCAUCGUGUGCCAUCUGCCUCUCGGCCCAACGGCUUUUUUCACGCUUUCAAACUGCGUCCUGCGGCAUGAUAUUGCAGACCGCGGCACCGUUAGCGAAGUCUAUCCACAUCUCAUCUUCGACAAGUUCUCGACACCUCUCGGGCAACGAGUCGCAGACGUGCUGAAAUACCUAUUUCCAGUUCCAAAGGCCGACUCGCGUCGCGUGAUGACUUUCUCGAACGAGGAGGACGUUUUGUAUUUUCGUCAUCACAUGUACGAGAAACGAGGUGGCAAGGAAAUGGUGCUGCAUGAAGUGGGACCUCGCUUCGAAAUGCAACUCUACCAACUCCGACUCGGCACCCUUGAUCAGGUUGAGGCCGAGAACGAGUGGGUGAUGAGGCCCUACAUGAACUCGAGCAAGAAGCGGCGGUUCUUGUAAGAAUUAGUGUCUACUUGGGUGAUAGGCAAGCCAGGUGCUGCGUGGGCUCAGACGUUCGCAUCGCCUUUCGAAUCUCCACCGGUGGAACGCGAUCAUGAUGGAGACGCCGCCAAGAGUCCAGCCUUUCUAGAAUUUAUCUUUUGACACUAUGUGUUGCCCGCUCUAAACUUGAGCGCGGUAAUUUCGUGUCUUCGGGUUGACGUAUGCCUAUGUGUGCACAUCGUGCGAGGAGCAUUCUCGUACACCCCUAUACCCACGCAAACUCCACAUGCUGUUGUCGCACACGGCCGAGCAGACAGAGGGAGAGAACACAACCAACGAAAGUGUGACCGCGCAUCGUUGUUGCAUGCACAUGACUGACUGGCGCUGACAAAAUCGUGUAAGGGGUAUGUUGGCCUGCAGGACAUGUUCCCGUGGGCUGUCGAACGUCAAGUGCCCAGACGAAUUCGUGGCUUUCGGUAGGAUGAGGCUCGAUUCAGAAUCUCACAUGCAUGCACAGACCCUCGUGUGAGUACAACACAGGGUCCAUGUACGCAAAUGGUGUGUGCUGCU